AUGCCGCUCUUUGCAGGCUUCAAAGAGUCGCUGAAGCAGCACAUCCCGAGGCCUUCCGAGCCCGAGAUAAAGCGACGUUCUAGUUACUCCAUAAAUGAUCACUACCAGGCGCUGGAAGUUUUAGUCCCCGAGGACACAUUGCCAGUCGGCAGCAUCAUUGACAGUCUCGAGACAAUGACGAGGCUCAACCCUCAGGGUCAGACUGCCGCAUUCAGCAUUCUGAAACUCUUCAACUUCGACUGCCCCAAGGAGAGACACCUGAUUAGGGCACAGGACACCAAUGCGCAGUAUUUGCUCAGAGCCUACGAGUCCAAAUGUCGCUACAAAGCCGACGUCAGCUAUGAAGAGUGCCGGGAGGCUGUCGAGACUUCCGAGCAGGCCCGAGAGUGGUUUAGGAUCACGGGCUACAAACAUCCGGCGUACCUCGUCGUGGGAUGCCAGAGUUUCUGCAAGUUUGACUUGGUGCCUGCCUCCGGCAGCCUGGACGGGUCGGGACGGGAGCCUGCCCGCUGCAUCAAGAGCUCCGCGGACAGAAGGAACCAAAUCUACAGGGUGAAGCUCAUCAAGCUCUCAUACAAGAAAUCGCUUCUGUCCAACGACCUGAAGCUAGUCUGCGAAGAACAAUAA